AGUAAAAGCAUCAACCCCCCGGUUUCGACUGAUCCUCUCCUCCCCUAUCGCUUCGCUCGUUUUACCCUCCCCUCCCCCUUCCUCUCCCUCCCUCCCGCUAAACCUCGUCGGUUAAGGAUAACGCCUGGAAUCUCGCGACCCUUGCCGGCUCCACACUUCCCGCCCACCUUAUCAACAGCAACAGCAACAACCAACACGCACCGAGUACGCUUGAGCCCUGCUCGCGACUAAAUCUUUACAUGGCCAUGUCUCUCCCAAACUCGCCCGCCUCCGAUAACUCCGAUUCUUCCAACCCUCGCACGCCUACUAGCCCGUCUCUCCAGCUCGCCCCCGACACCACCCAGCCUACCAUCGCCCCCAGCAAACGCAAGCCAUCCCGCCGUGCCAACACUGCCGAACGCCGCGCUACUCACAACGCCGUCGAGCGUCAGCGCCGCGAGACCCUCAAUGGCCGAUUCCUCGGUCUCGCAGCUCUCCUUCCUAACCUCUCCCAGAUCCGCCGCCCCUCCAAAUCGAGCAUCGUCAACUCCUCCAUCGCACACGUCCACGCUUCUCGCCGCCAUCGUCUCCUCGCCGCUCGCGAGCUCCGCGCUAUGAAGAUGGAAGCCGAUGCUCUCCGUCGCGAGCUCAACGAGUGGCGUGAUCGCGCGGGCGUACCCCGUGUUGAGGAGCCCGUCCGUGGUGAAGGCUUCGGUAUGAUCAUCUCUGGCGAACUCGAGGUCCUCGGCGUUGCUGGCGAGGAAGAAGAGUACGGUGACGAAGACGGUGUCGUAGGCGGGUACGACGAGGUCCCCCCCUCUGUCCCUCCCCCGAUGUACCACGGACAUGGCCACGGCCACGGGCGCUCCCCCGUCAUCGCGAGCCCUACUAACAUGAACUUCGAGAACCCGCAGAUGGGGUAUGAGAACUACACUCCGAUGGUGGCGGCUCCCGGUGCUGCUUAUUAUGGAGGAGGACCUGCUGCUGCUGCUGCUCCACCGGCGUUUUUUGAGGAGAAGCGGUUCGCGCCUGCUGCGUUUGAGGGGUAUCAUAGGCCGAGGAGUGGUGGGUAUGAUGCGUAUGAGGGGAUGAUCGUCGGUGGUGGGGGGGCUCCUGGUGCUGCCGCCUUUGCUAUGAUGGUUUAAGGUUUAUCCCCUACGAGUUAUACCCUCUCCUCGCCUGCAAAAUAUGUAGACUCUCCUCCCCGCACCCCCCUGCUUUGUUGUAUAUCCUCGCUUAUCUCAUGACCCAACCAUUCAUUCGGACUCGAAGCCCGCCUUACGCUCUUUCAUUUCCUUUCUUUAUAUCUUUUGCUGUUUUUUAUUGGUUUGAAGAAGUAGAUAAUCUGUAUGGAUUGGGUGACAGUCCGUAUAUUUAUUCAAUGCAAGUGCAAAGAAAAAGUAAAUAUUAAUUGCAAUCGGCAUUUCGGGUUAACACGACAGCCGGGUUCUUCGCUUUGUAGUUAUCACGGACUUGUCGUUGUCUGAUGCUACUAUCUUCGGAUCCUCAUACAGUGAGUUCAAAACUCGGUUGAUGAACACUGGUUCAGUAGAUCUUUCAUCAGUACAUAGU